AAUCUUGGAGAACUGAGAACCUUUAAUAUGCUUAAGAACACGUAUAAAAACUUUGCUGAAAGUGGAUUUAAAAAAAGCUUCAUGCAACUCUAUAAGAAUGUUAUACAUCCAUGUCUCCUGGUUGAGUCUGGAGAGAUGUAUGUGCUUGAUGUCAUCCCUCCUCCAGAACUUCAUUUAAUGAUGAAGAUUAUAACAGAAAUUUCAAAUGUCUUCUGUAAGGAAACUGAUGUUGCUCUUUGGUUAAAAAAGCAUGGAAUUAUUUGGCAUGGGUAUAAUGGAGGUGGACUGGUUGGUAGAAAUGCUAACAAAAUACGAAAGCUUUUGCCAGAUUUGGAAAAAUUUAUCUUAGAUAACUUUUCUUCUUAUUAUCCAGUUGUUGAACUGUUAAAGUCUUUUUCUUCAGUAGUAAACAUGUGUUUCGGAAUGAAACUCCAUGACGGUUAUGCUGAUGCCAUUGCAACAUAUAAAAGAAAGUUAAAGGAAAACCAAGAGUAUGUGAAGACUACAUUCAACCACAAUCUUUCUAUGGGAUGGAAAGGUCAUAUAAUUGAACACCAUCUUGUCAUGUUUUUAAAUAGAACUAAGCUGACAUUGGGAGUAUUUUCUGAACAAUGUUCUGAAUCUGUUCAUCAUAAUAUGUUGAAAACACUGAGCAGAUUCUCAACUUCAGAAUUCAGAGAGAACCAUGGAGAGCUUCUUAGAAAGGCAUUAGUUGAAUAUUCAAGUUAUAGAAUUUAAGUUUUUUCUUUGCUAUUGAUUACAUAAUUAUACAUAUCUUGUAUAUUAUAUAGUUUUGAAGAUUACAUUAAAUCAGUAUAUAUUAUGGAUUAUAUUAUACUGUU